GGCAGAACGAGAGAGAGAUAUAUUUACAAGAGAGAAAAGAGACGACAGUGUGCAUUCUCUUUGGGGGGGAUAAAUGAUGAGAAACUAGAGGGCACGCGGGAAGGAAAUAAAGUUGGAACUAUAAGAGAGGAUAAAUUAGAUGAAGAGUUUGUGACAGCAGCAAGUGCAGAGCUCCCGAAGAAACAAGCUUGUCUCAGACGUUGCUUAGGAUCCAUCAUUAACAAAACAAAACAAAGCAAAGGAAGUCCAAAGAUUGCUUAUUUCUCUCUCCCAACCCAACCAUAUCGGCUACAGCAGAGAAACAGAUCAGAGGAGAGUGAGCCCACAGGGGAGAGGCAUUACAGGUGUCCAGGCAGACAGUCCGACAUGCUCGCCGUGCUUCUUCUUCUCUGCAUAGUGGACGGAGUAGGCGCAUCCACACCUGGAGUCUGGGCUUAUGACGGGAUGCAGGACAGUCAAAGAGCAGCAGCAACGCUGUGCCCGUCGCCAUGCCAGUGCGAACAGGACACUAUCUUCAUCAUGGUGGACUGCUCGGAGUUGGGACUAGCGUCUGUGCCGACCGACAUCAGCCCUCUCACAACCUACCUGGAUCUGAGUAUGAAUAACAUCAGCGAGAUCCAGCCGAGAGCCUUCCACCAACUGCACCUGCUAACUGAACUGCGAAUCUCUGGGAAUCGGCUGAGGUAUAUUUCAGGUCAUGCUCUCCAGGGUCUCCACAACCUGAAAGUUUUAAUGCUGCAGAACAACCACCUUGAAAGACUUCCCCAUGAUGCUCCGUGGGACCUACCAAACCUGCUGUCACUGCGUCUGGAUGCCAACCUCCUGUCUGAAGUUCCUUCUGGCGCCUUCCAAGGGAUUCCUGCUCUCAGACACCUGUGGCUGGAUGACAAUUCCCUGACAGAAAUCCCAGUCGUGGCCCUGGAUGCUCUACACUCCCUUCAGGCCAUGACCCUGGCCCUCAACCAGAUCACGCAUAUUCCAGAUUAUGCAUUUGCCAACCUCUCUGCACUUGUUGUACUACAUCUCCAUAACAACUGGAUCCAGAUCAUGGGAAUGAGAUGUUUUGAAGGUUUACAUAGUCUGGAGACUCUGGAUUUGAAUUACAAUGAACUCCAGGAGUUCCCUGUGGCCAUCAGGACACUGAGUAAGCUUCAGGAGCUGGGCUUUCAUAACAACAAUAUCAAAGCAAUCCCCGAGGGAGCCUUUGUGGGAAAUCCUCACCUCCAAACCAUCCAUUUUUAUGAGAACCCCAUCCAGUUUGUGGGAAAGUCCGCUUUCCAGUUCUUACCCAAGUUGCACACACUUUCCCUGAAUGGAGCCGCCCCAAUUCAAAACUUUCCUGACCUGAAAGGAACAACCAGCUUGGAAGUUUUGACACUGACUCAAGCGGGUCUCUCGACUCUCCCUCUCGAUCUAUGCGAACAGCUGCCUCGCCUCAGAGUGUUGGAACUGUCAUACAACCAAAUACAGCAUCUGCCAAGCUUUUACCACUGCUCCGCACUACAAGAAAUCGGGCUUCAGCACAACCAAAUCACGAGGCUUGAGUCCAGUACCUUCCAGGAGCUCUCCUCUCUAAAAACACUGGAUUUAAGCUGGAACAAGAUAGACUGGAUCCAUGAAGAUGCCUUUGCCUCAUUGCAUUCUUUGGUCAAAUUGGACUUGACUGAAAAUAGGCUUAGCUCAGUGCCAUCUGCUGGACUGGAGGGUCUCACCCACCUAAAGCUCAAGGGAAACAAUGAAUUAUACGAUGCCUUCAGCCCCGAUCACUUCCCUCUUUUAAGGGUGAUUGAGAUGCCGUAUGCCUACCAGUGCUGCGUGUAUGGUUCUUGUGACAGCUACAAGACAGUCAACCAGUGGGACACUGAUCAAAGCAACACUGAUGAUGAACUUCACAAGAGAACUGCUGCCAUUUACCCACACCGAGAUGAUCCUGACCUAGAGGAAUUCCAGCUAGAAAUAGAGGAGUCCAAACUUCAGGCCACUGUCCAGUGCACUCCAACACCAGGUCCUUUCCGUCCCUGCGACUCUCUGUUGGGAAGUUGGUUGGUCCGUGUUGGUUUAUGGACCAUCUCCCUGGUGUCACUGUUGGGGAACUCACUGCUGCUCCUUUCUCUAUUCAGCUCCCCGUGCCCAUUGUCGCCAUUAAGAUUCACGGUGGCCUGCAUGGGUGCCUCUAAUCUGCUGACAGGUGUUUGUACAAGCACACUGGCCCUUGUAGACGCUUUAACAAUGGGAGUCUUUAACCAACAUGGUGCUCCCUGGCAAGGAGGCCCGGGGUGUCAGGUGACCGGAUGGGUAUGGGUGCUUGCUUCCGAGGCAAGUGUGUUGCUGCUGACGUUGGCGGCUGUGCAAUGCGGAGCAAGCGUGACAUGUGCCCGCAGCUACGGCAAACCGUCCUCACUGAGAAGUGUGCGUAUAUUUGCACUUUUGUGUCUGACUCUCUCACUCAUUGUAGCUUGUUUUCCUUUGCUUGGAGUUGGGGAGUAUGGAUCAUCUCCUUUCUGCCUACCGACACCAUUACCACCUUCAGCUUCUCAGCUACCAUCUUCCUUGGUCUUUCCCUUAGUGCUUAUUAUGAUGAACACCCUCUGCCUACUCGUAGUAACGUGUUCAUACAUCCGACUCUACUGGCAAUUACUUAGAGGAGAAUGUGAGGGCCUGUGGGACUGUGCUAUGAUCAAACACGUCGCCUGGCUAAUAUUCACAAACGGCCUCCUUUAUGUGCCAGUGGCUUUCUUCUCCAUCUGCUCACUCCUGGGCCUCUUAUCUGUCGGAGGGGAGGUGCUCAAAUCAAUCAUUUUGCUUCUUCAGCCUCUACCUGCCUGCCUGAAUCCGCUACUCUUUCUACUUUUCACACGACACCACUCCCAGUAUUUUUUCUGGUAUUGCCCAAAAGGGCCUCUGCAGCUUCGCCGCGACCGCACCACAGACUCGCUGGUCUCUGUGGAGACAGAGAAGAGCUCCUGCUCGGAAACAUUGACACAACUGUCGCUGGUCGAUGCCAGCACCCUGUGCAGUAGGGCCUCCUCUGUCCAUUCUCAAAUGGACCCAAUUCGAUUGUCUCAGUGCUCCGCUACUUCUUCCGUUCCUCUAAUCUCCUGCCAGACACCCAUUGUCAGAGGUAAAGACAGACCGAAAGAACAAAGGAGCCUUGACAACAAAGGAUGUCUGAAGACUUUGAAUCAAGAUAUUUGCAACAACUGCCCGAUGCAUCGCUCAAUCAUGACUGACUCCUUUGCUCCAAAUCCAUAAACGACCAAUCUAACUGCCUGAAAAGCAGGGCAUUACAGACACUCACAGGUCAUCAUGUACAGUGGCAGCAAUACUAGUCCAGGGCCUGAGUCAACAAAGCACCUCUAAAAGAGACCACAUGGAAUAGAUGAGUACUCUUGAAAAGCAAUGUGUGGUAGAGUACCUCUAACAAGAGAACGUGCAACAAGAAGUUCCGCUGCAAUAAUGAAUGAAAAUAUCAUUAUGCAAACAAAGGGGACAAUUUUAGAACCCUUUCCAGUGGACUGCAGUCGCAGACUUCCAUCUUCAAGAAAGAUCUAGUAAAAAAAAGCUGAAAUAGACCCCAUUGAAAUGAAGACACCUUGGACAACUUGUAAGCAGGGUGGACUUCAAAUCUAGCAUCAAGAACAGAGUUACUGUAUAUGUAUAAAUGCUAUAUUAAAAUGUGACUGAUCACAGGCAUGCAUGCGGCUUCAAAGUUACACAUUGCCCGGUUAUAAUUACUGUAACUAUUUCUGUUUAUUCCUGCUUUUGAGUGACUUGACAAUGAAAGGAUUCAAGCAUGUCAGGUGAUUAACCGGAGUAAGCUAGCAAACGCAAAUGUGUGGAAAAAAUUCACGUCAUUUAUAUUGUUCUGUCUGAAACAUCAAAUA